AUGUACGCCUUCGUCCAGAACCUCGGCUUGAGCGCCACCUCUCGCCACACCCUCUCCCAACAUGGCCUUACCAAGGUCUGCGGGACCACACUCCGCUCUGCUCCAACCCCUGUGAAUUCCUCCUCUGGCGCGGCUACCAUUCGAAUGACUGGCGACUACGGCAUUACCCUCCAAACUCUCGUGUAUACUCCGAACCCUGGUGUCGCCUGCGUGGAAGACCGCGACGUAAUGUGUUACAGAGUAUGGAAGCAGGUUUUCGGUAACGCCUACGUCAUGGAAUCCGAGCGCGCAGAAGCCUACAUCGCUGAAUCCAUGUACCGAGCUAACCAAAUCAGCCUCAAAGAGUUCGUUCGUGGCGUUGCCCUUUCGUCCACCUAUCGCCGCCGCUUCUUCGAGUGCUGCGGUCCAUACCGAGCGGUUGAACUCAACUUCAAGCAUCUGCUUGGGCGCGGGCCCGUCUCGCAGCAAGAAAUUUCUGAGCACGUGCAACGCAUGGCAAACGAAGGCUGGGAGGCCGAAAUCAACUCCUAUAUCGAUUCCUUGGAGUACGAUGAGGCGUUUGGCGAUGACCUCGUACCUUACAUGAGGUUCAUGGGCACUUAUAAAACCGCAGAGCACUUCAACCGCAUGUGCACCUUGUACUCAUCGCAAGGAACGACAGACAAAAGCUUGAGUGGUCGGGCAAAGACGAUGGGUAUCGAGAACCCCAACCAUGUUUUGUCACUAGACGGGGCAGGUGUACCCGCAAAGCUUGUUUCUAAUGUUGCCAUGAACGGCCAGUCGUCAUUUGUAUCUAUUAAGAAGGCUAUCCCAGGCCGCCCUGACCUUGAUCUUGGCCAAGAGACUUCCCAAUUUGUCGUUGCAGCUACACCUCCCAUCAACGAGAAUGCAGCCCCUCGCAGUCGUAUCGAAAUUGUCCCGGGCAGUUAUAUGUAUCUGACAUCUGCACAAGUGGAAGAAAUGAUGAAAGCCCGGACCGAGCAGGAAAAGAUCAGCAGCUUUGCGCAAAAAGAGACUGCGGACGCCAAGAAUCAAAUUGCUGCACUGGAGUCAAAGAUUGCUGAGCUAAGCGUGGUCCAGUGAUCUGGAUUUUUGAUGGGGAGCUGAUCACCAGGUGCGAUGCCCAUGCGUCUAUAGUCUUUUCUGAAGUAAGUGGGAAGACGUACUGAUGCAUGAGAACUCAUAUCUAAUGGUGACAUAUUCUUAAUACCUUCACACAAGAUUAAAGGGAGCAAUAGUUGUUUUUA